UAUACUUCUUUUUUUUAACUAAUCUGGAUGUUUCACUGAAGAAACAAUUUAUCAUCCACAAUAUUAAAUACCUCGCUGGCACUUUAUAGGUAGGAGCCUCUUUGAAACACAGCUCUGAAGUUUUGUCUUUAAAAAGAAGAAAAACAUAUCUUUUAAUCGCGAUUAACCUGUUAACCCCCACCCGUUUUUUUAGGUUUCUGCUCAAAAUGACAUACCCAAACUAAAAAGGGUGUAGCUCUGCAACCACACAAGCUAUUUGAAUAAUGUUGGUGUUAUAAUAAAGGGAACACAAUGAGCUUUUGUUCAGAUGUGUAAAUAUUAGCAUAUAUGUUACUGGUUAAGAGUAAAUAAAGAUGAAUCUUCUAUUUUCAUAGAAGUUUCAGGUUCGAUUAGAAAAAAAAGCACUUUCAGGAUGAAUAUAUCCUGGAUGGAUGCACAGCAAAGGCCUAAAAUCACCCAGAUAAUAAUACAACUUGUGAACAGACUCUCUGCAAAGUUUGACUCAGAAAAAUUAAAGCAGAACAAUAGAUGGAGACUUUUUAGUAAAGAGAAUUUAGGCGAGGUCUCUAAAAUUUGCAUUUGGGCACAUUGAAGCACCAUCUGUGCCAUUUGACUUUUCUCAUGUGCCAAACCAUUUAUUUCACUUUCACUUUUACUUGUGGUGAUCAAUACAUGCAAAUACAUCAUUAUGUGGCUUUAAAACAGUAAAUCAAAGAUAAAAAAACGAUCAAACAAAGUGGUGCUGUGCGCGUGCGUGCUGUGCGUAAAGCCGGUUUUUGGAUCUGUCACAGCGCAGCUGUUGCGCGUGCAGAUAUCUCCGCCGGGGAAGGGCGGAUUUUAAAGAACGACACGUCAUUGGAAUACUUAGAGCCAAUAGAAUCGAUUGGUACCAAGAAAGACAAGAUUGACAGCACUGUGAACCAAUAGGAGACAGAAAGGCGUCACCAUAUUUGAAAUGUGAAAUCCGAUUUGCUGAAAUUGAACUUCCUGACAGCUGAUUAUGACGCUUCCCCAAAAGUCCGCCUGGUUUUUAAAGGGACAUACACACACACUGAAGCCAUGCCAGCUGGAAUGCAGGGGAGAGAAACGUUUUUUCUUCUUCUCAAGAACAAAAGUAUGUUGAAUUUGCUGAAUGUAAAGCUAUGAAGCGAUUCAUAUUUCUGUGUUCUUUGGCUUAUAUCUCCGUGAUACUUUGGUGUAGAAGGAUUCUGUAAAGAUAUUUAGAAUCUGUGUGAAGUCCUCUUGCUUUUGAACAUCUCUUCUUUUAUGAUUGCACAAAGCUACAUGUCGCUAGCUACGGAAACGUUCUGAGUGGGCCGACACCUGACAAAAUUAUGAUUAUGAUAUUUGUAUUUUUAUUUCAGUUGGUGUUUGAGUUGUGUUUAAAUGGCUCACUGAUACUUGUAGCCCCAGUUGUCUUCUUUAAUUUGAUGUACAACAUCAAUAUAUUUGCUCAUGUUUAUUAUAAUAUUAUAGACAGUUUAGAACAAAACAUCAAAUCUGCCCCACAGGUGGGGCAAUGGGGCUUAAGUGGUUAAUGAAUUUCAAAAUGUGCGAUUAAUUAGUUAAUUUUUUUUAAUCGAUUGACAGCCCUAGUAUAUAUGUAUAUACAUAUAUAUAUACAUAUGUCUAUACAUAUAUAUAUACAUAUGUAUAUAUAUAUGUACAUAUAUGUAAUAAAUGACCGAAUUCAGAGGCGCUUUGUCAGACCAAAAAAAUUGUUUUAUUUCCACUAUAAAUAAGACAACUUUGGUUUUCUGUUGAUUCUUUUCAUUUAAUUUAAAUAUAUUAAUUCAUAUUAAGUUAAAACCGGCUCAGUUUUUAUUUUUGGGGGGAACAUCCUGUGUGUUCCCUCCACUUCCGGUUCUCCGUGCCCGUUGCCAUGGAGACGCGACCACAACAAACACCGCGCUGCAGCCCGAAGGAGCCGGUCCCACCGAAAGAUUCACAUCAGACAUCAAACAAAGAGCAAGAAGAGGAGGAGGAAGAGGGGGAGGAUCAUGCCGAAGAACAGAGAAGGAAAGACGGAGGAGGAGAGGCUGAUGCUCCUGCAGCAGAGGUCUCGGGCUGAGGAGGAGAUGAAGAAGAAGAAGGAGGAGAUCCUCACUCUGUUCCUGGAGGACAAGCUGAGGAAGGAGGAGAAGAACUCGGCCGUCAACCUGCUGAAGCUCAACGAAGGCUGGAGGUCGCUUCUCCGCCUGACACCAGCAGGAGAACUGAGAGGAGGCGUAGAGGAGCUGAGGCCGAGCUGUGAGAGGGAGCUGGACGGCCUGGACAGCGUGGUCAAGACUCUGGGGCGUGAUCUCCAGGAGGCGGAGCUUCAGCGGUCCCAGGUGAGGCGUGUCCACCUGCAGCAGGCGGAGCUUCUGUUGGCGCUGCAGCGUGAGCGUGUGACGAGGCUGCAGGAGCAGUGGGAGGAGGAGCUGCAGCAGCUGGGCGGGAGGUGCUCCCAGGAGAGGAAGCAGCUGCUGUGUGAGGCGGUGCAGCGGCGAGCUGAUGUGGAGGACGGCGUGUUCUCAGUGGAGCAGCAGCACAAAGCUGCGAUGGACGACGUCCACAAACUGUACCGUAAACGCAUCUGGGCGAUUGAGGAAUCUCACAAUCGAAGGAUAGCAGCUAUGAUCUUUGAGAAGAAGGAGCAGCUGAGGAAGGAGACCCUCCAGAACCAGGAGGAGGCGCAGAUCUGCUGCAGCGGAGAAGAGAAGCUGAAGAAGGGGCAGGCGGACAGCCAGCACCUCCAAACACAGACGGGCCGGGACGAGCAGGCCGCGAGUUUACUGCAGCAGGAGGUGGUCCGCCUGCGGGUGGAGGUGAGCGUGAGAGAGGAGGAGCAUCAGGCUUCAGCGGCGGUCCUGAAAGCGGCCUGUGGACACGUGAGCAGGAGGACGCGCUCGCUCCGGGACGAGCUGGUCGGGGACAGCGCGGCAGCCUGGACGCGUCUCACCGCGCUGACCCUCCAGAGCGCCGCGGCCGCCGGGAGACUGAAGGCCGACGUCGCCAAGGGUCUCAAGGUUUUACAAGUUGCCGACAUGGUUCGUAAACUGGAGAGAAAGCAGGACGUCUUCGUAAGGAGACAGGAGACGACUGGCCCAGAGACAGAGGGACCGGACGAGGACAUGUCAGCGCUGCAGCAGCUGAGGAUGAGGAUGAACUCGUCUGUCCUCCAGCGAGCGUCUCUGAGGACACGCAGAGACGAUCUGAGUGGAGACAACCGGCGGCUGCGGCGGCGGCUGCGGCGGCAGAUGGAUGCCAUGACGGUCAGCGACCAGGAGCUCGGCACGCGCCACGCUCUGCUCACGGUGCAGCGGGCCCCCGUGGCCCCGCCCCCCACACCGUCAUCACGGCCACCCACGCUGGCAAACCCUCGCUGUGACGUCGUUGUGAAUGUCAAUCCUUCUCAUUGUUCUUUGAUGAAAUAAAAACUCCUCGAUGGUCCUCUGAA